AAAAAGAGAGGAAGGCCGAAGAAAAAUGUGGAUUCUUCAGACGCUCCAUCUGUUCAGAAGAGGCCUAAGUUACCAAUUCAGAAAAAUGUGAACUCAAUAGUUCAAAAAGAGAGGGCAAUGGCAAGAAAAGGCAUUGGACUUUUGCAAUCUGAACAAACAGGGAAUAGCUAUUUGAGG